GGAGCCGAGGGGAAAGCUGGGAUGGCUGCCGUAGCAGAUCCAGAGAGAUCUACAGACCUGGAAAAGUUUGGGAAGGAUCUGGAGAAAGCCCUGCCGCCAUACGCACGACCCGUCUUCCUACGCUUCCUCAACGAGGUCAACAAGACAGGUGGGUUCAGUCUGGAGCUAUGUUCCAAUGAUCUCUCCGUCCUCCCAAAGUGUGCAUUUGUUCACUUCCCUUCACCGAUUUGUAAUGAAAUGACUGGUAUAAGAAAUAUGGUGGAAACUCCCACUAGCCCAUGCCUCCAGCAAUUCAAUGCUUUUAGAUUUGUGGGAAAUUGUGAAUGAGUGCAUACUUCAGGAGAAAGGAGAUAAUAUUGGGACGGACCCUGAGUGUGGUACACAUACUGUACAUACAUUAUACUGUAUAUGAUCAUUGUGUCCUCUCCUCAGGUGGAGGUUAGGGCCUUUAUUCAAAAAGUGUCAGUACGAGUGCUGAUCUAGGAUCAUGUCCACCCUGUCCAUAUAAUCUUAUUCAUUAUGAUCUAAAAGGCAAAACUGACCCAUCAGCACUUCAACUCUGAGACUAUGUGAAUACAGGCCCAGGAGUAGCCCCGUCUCUAAAACAGGAGGUUGGUGGCACCUUAAUUGGGAAGGACGGGCUCGUGGUAAUGGCUGGAGCGGAAUGGGUGGAAUGCAUUCAAAUACAUCAAACACAUGGUUUCCAUGUGUUUAUGCAAUUCCAUUAGCUCCGUUCCGGCCAUUAUUAUGAGCCGUCCUCCCCUCAGCAGCCUCCACUGGUCUCUAAUUCACCACUCUACCACCUCUCCUCUUCUCCCUCACUCUUCUCCUCCAGGCACCUAUAAGUUCCAGAAGACAGAGAUGCGGCGGGAGGGUUUUGACCCCAGCAUGGUAUCAAACAAACUGUACUUCCUUGACCCCAGCAGGGGGCGCUAUGUGGAGCUGCACCAGAAGCUCUACAGCAGCAUCAUCUCAGGGAAGCAGAAACUGUAACUGUGAGAUCUGAUCUGAUUACUCUUUGCCCCCCGCAGCCAAUAUCCCUAAACCACCCCUAGCCACCCCCCCACGCUCACACAGAAACACCCCUAUACCUGAUGUCACUCUUCCUCCCCCCAGGAAAACUCUAACUCCCACAACCCCCUUCUCCGCUCUCUCUAAGCCCACGCCCCGCGUUACCUCAGCAAGCAGAUAGGGGCAGCUGGGUCUCAUCUGGGACACAUGACAAGCCAAUCUGACACCAUAUCCCAUGAUACACCUAGAGCGACCUUUGCCCUUUGAUCCAUGAGGCACUCCCCCCCCCCCCCCCCCCCCCCCGACACUUCACCCCCCCCCAGAGCUUCACCUGACCUGAACCAAGAGGAGCGCACGCUGGAAGGACACAACUUGUUUGCUGAGAGGGGCAUGUGGCAUGUCUCCAGAAUGCAAAAACAUAAUAACUUACUCCAAAUCUUUAAAAAAAGACCUAGCUAGAGGAACAUGAACAUGGCACAAUGAAGGAACUUGAAUUGAACAAAGGAAACACUCCUAUUGGUCUGUCGGUUUGUCUGUCUUAUGUUGAUGAGGUCACUCCGUCUGAGGCCCAACCUGCACAUUGCCCAGUCAGUGACCAGUGGCUUCUGUUGUGACACAAAAUGACCGAUUGGUUUUAGUGGUGUGGAGUCUGCCCAGCCAUGUUAGACAUACAGUACAGAAAGCCUAGAGGCUGUAUGUCAGUGGAGGGAGAUUCACAUGUGGUUGAAACUGGGAUCCGGCAUUGGCUGUGCAAUAAUCAGCCAGCCAUAAGAUGAUCUGAGAAGAAGAUAUUGUAUAUAUAAUAAAAAUAUAUUGAAAUAUGUCUGCAUUACACCAAAUAUAUUUAAUUUGUAGACUAGUCUUUACAUAUUUAAAAAGAAACAAUGAUGUUUAACAUCAAGUUCCUAAUAAAAUGCAAAUUAAAAUGCUAAUCAUGUUAUGCUAUGUCCAUGAUUGCGCUCGGCUUUCUCCUGAUCUCCCCCCACUACUUUACGGGAUUCUCCUCCCCUUCACCAACCAACCACCAGCCACUGGAACACAAAGAACUCUCACAGUUUCAAACAGGAUUCUGAAAGUUCUAAUUCUGGGGUAGAAGAUUCUGAUUCUGGGGGUAGAAGAUUCUGAUUCUGAAUGUUCUGAUUCUGAUUAGAUGGGGAGGGUUUCUGUCAGUAUUGUGCAGGUUGGGCCUAAAGGGUUGGAUUGGUCUUGUAUGGCAUAGUGGACAUUUUAAAGCUGGACGAAGAGAGAGCUGAAGUGAAAAGCACCAACCUCGGUCUGUCUCUGUUGAGGACUCAAUAUGAUGACAGCAAUAUUCUGGUGCUACAGAAGGAAUUCAACUCUCUCUCAGACUAUGGUGCAGCAAGCUGAACUAUCGAAAAGAGUUUAGAGGAAAAGGUAAAGAUAAUUUUCCUCAUCGUUGUUUGUUCUUCUUCUUCUUUCUCAUCUGCUUCUUCUUACUUCUUUUCUUUUCUUCUUCUUCUCUUCUUCUCUUCUUUCUUCUCUAUUUCUAUUUUUCUUUUUUCUUUCUUCAUUUUACUUCGUCUUAGGCUUUCUUUUUCAUCUUCUAACUCAUGAAUGAUCAACACAAACAGAGCACUGUGCCUUUACUGUGAGUUUACCAACUCAGAUUCACAGGCCCUGUCCCAUAACACCGUACUCCUUCACCUCUUACUCCCGUCUGUCCCAUAGUCUCUCCCCUCAGUCUCUUCACCUCUCUCCACGUCCAUAGUCUCUCCCCUCAGUCUCUUCCCUCUCCCCUACUGUCCUAGUCUCUCCCCUCAGUCUCUCUCUCUCUCUACUGUCCCAUCGUCUCUCCAUCAGUCUCUCCCAUCCUACUGUCCAAUCGUCUCUCCCUCAGUUUUCCCUCUCCCUACUGUCCCAUCGUCUCCCCUCAUCUCUUCCUCUCUCCCUACUGUCCCAGUUCUCCCCUCUCUUUCCCUCUCCCUACUGUCCAUAGUCUCUCCCCCCAGUCUCUCCCCUAACUCCCUACUGUCCUAGUCUCUCCUCCAGUCUCUUUCCUCUCUCCCUACUGUCCCAUAGUCUCUCCCAUCAUCUCUCUCUCUCCCUCUCUCCCUAGUCCCAUAUCUUCCCUCAGUCUCUUCCCCUCUCUCCCUACUGUCCCAUAGUCUCUCUCCCUCCCCUCUCUCUCCCCUAAUCCCUACUGUCCCUAGUCUCCUCUCCUCUCUUUCCUCUCUCCUACUGUCCCAUAGUCUCUCCCAUCAGUCUCUCCCCCUACUCCCUACUGUCCAAGUCUCUACCCCUCAGUUCUCCCUCUCCUAUGUCCAUAGUUUCCCACUCAUCAGUUCUUCCCUCCCUAGACUACGUCCCAUAGUCCUCUCCCUCAGUCUCUUCCCCUCUCUCCCUACUGCCCAUAGUCCUUCCCCUCCUCGUCCCCUAUCUCCCCCCCUCUGUCCCAUAUCUCUCCCCUCAGUCUCUUCUCUCUCUCCCUACUGUCCAUCUCCUCUCCCCUCAGUCCUCUCCCUCUCUCUCGUCCCAUCGCCCUCUCCCCUAGUCCCUUCAUCUCUCCCUCUGUCCAUCGUCUCUCAUCUCAUCUUUCCCUCUCCCUACUGUCCCAUAGUCUCUCUCCCUCUCUCUUCCCUCUCUCCUACUGUCCCAUAGUCCUCCCCAGUCUCUUCCCCUAAUCUCCCCUCACUGUCCCAUAGCUAUUUCCCCAUGUCACUUCCCAUCUCCUCUCCACUGUCCCAUAGUCUCUCCCUUCAUCCCUCCUUCUCCCUACUGUCCCAUAGUCUCUCCCCUCAGUCUCUUCCCUCUUCCCUACUGUCCCAUAGUCUCUCCCUCAGUCUCUCUCCCUCUCUCCCACUGUCCCAAUAGCCUCCCCUCAUCCUCAGUCUCUUCCCUCUCUCCCUACUGUCCCUAGUCUCUCCCUCAGUCUCUCCUCCCUACUUCCCAUAUUCUCCAUAGUCUCCUCCUACGUCAUGUCUCCCUAGUCUCUUCCCUACUCUCCCUACUUCCCCAUCUCUUCUCUCCCUACGUCAUAGUCUCUCCUAUCAUCUCUCCUCCUCUAUCAUAGUCUCUCCAUCUCCUCUCCCUCAUCCUCUGUCCCAUUCUCCCUCUGUCCCAUCGUCUCUCCCCUCCAGUCUCUUCCCUGCUCUCCCUACUGUCCCAUGUUCUCCCCUCAGUCCCUACUGUCCAUAGUCCCUCUCCCUAGUCUCUUCCCUCCUCUCCCUACUUCCCAUAGUCUCCCCCUCAGUCCUUCCCUCUCUCCCUACUGUCCCUAGUCUCUCCCUCAGUCCUCUCUCUCUCCCUACUGUCCCAUAGUCUCUCCCCCUCAGUCUCUUCCCUCUCCCCUACUGUCCCAUCGUCUCUCCCUCAGCUCUUCCUCUCUCCUACUUCCAUAGUCCUCGUCCCUGUCUCUCCCCUCAGUCUCUUCCCUCUCUCCCUACUGUCCCAUAGUCUCUCCCCUCAGUCUCUCCCUCUCUCCCUACUGUCCCAUAGUCUCUCCCCUCAGUCUCUUCCCUCUCUCCCUACUGUCCCAUAGUCUCUCCCCUCAGUCUCUUCCCUCUCUCCCUACUGUCCCAUAGUCUCUCCCCAUAGUCUCUCCCCUCUCUCCCUACUGUCCCAUAGUCUCUCCCCUCAGUCUCUUCCCUCCUCCCUACUGUCCCAUAGUCUCUCCCCUCAGUCUCUUCCCUCUCUCCCUACUGUCCCAUCGUCUCUCCCCUCAGUCUCUUCUCUCUCUCCCUACUGUCCCAUAGUCUCUCUCUCCCUCCGUCUCUUCCCUCUCUCCCUACUUCCCAUCGUCUCUUCCCCUCAGUCUCUUCUCCUCCUCUUCCCUACUGUCCCAUCAGCUCCCCCUCUCCCCGUCAGUCUCUCUCCCUCUCUCCCUACUGUCCCUCUCUCUCUCCCCUCAGUCUCUUCCCUCUCUCCCUACUGUCCCAUAGUCUCUCCCCCUCAGUCUCUUCCCUCUCUCCUCUUCCAAUUCCCUAUCUUCCCUUUGUCUGUCUCCCCCUCAGUCUUUUUCCCUCUCUCCCUACUGUCCCAUAGUCUCUCCCCUCAGUCUCUCCCUCUCUCCCUAUUGUCCCAUCGUCUCUCCCCUCAGUCUCUUUCUCUCUCUCCCUACUGUCCCAUCGUCCUCCUCCCCUCGUCCUCCAUUCCUCCCUCUCUCCCUACUGUCCCAUCGUCUCUCUCCCCUCAGUCCUCUCUCCUCUCUCUCCCCUACUGUCCCAUAGUCUCUCCCCUCAGUCUCUCCCCCUCUCUCCCUACUGUCCCAUAGUCUCUCCCCUCAGUCUCUCCCUCUUCCCUCCUCUCCACUACUGUCCCAUAGUCCUCUCCCCUCAGUCCUCUUCCCCUCUCUCCCUACUGUCCCAUGUCCCUCUCCCCUCAGUCUCUCCUCCCUCUCUCCCUACUGUCCCAUAGUCCUUCUCCCCCAUCUCUUCCCCUCUCUCCCUACUGUCCCAUAGUCUCUCCCCUCAGUCUCUUCCCUCUCUCCCUACUGUCCCAUAGUCUCUCCCCUCAGUCUCUUCCCUCUCUCCCUACUGUCCCAUAGUCUCUCCCCUCAGUCUCUCCCCUCUCUCCCUACUGUCCCAUCGCACCCUAUUCCCUCAAUCUCUAUCCUUACUUAUUAAUUCAACUCUCCAUCAUGUUAUUCUGUUAGGCAUGUCUCCCACCAAGUACCUCCCACUCUCACCCCACCCAGACACCUCUGUUUGAUCCUUGCUUCUCUUCAUAUGGCUAGACAUUUUCUGUCAUGCUGUUAUUCUCUCAGAGCACAUAAUGCGCUACUACUGUCACCACUCCAACAAGCGUCAGCGUACGUUAUCUGUCUCUAUGUCCUCUCAAAACAAACAAACAAAUCAUGAGACAGUUUGGUAAGCCAAAUAUCCUGUCUGUGUGAAGUCGAUGGUGGAGACCGGGGGAGAAUGAUUCUCCUACAAAGCUGAGGAUCAUGGUUAGUGUAGUUUGCUAUCUAUCCAAGGUUCCUCCCCUUCGUGUCCUGUCUGGCGUGUCUCUGUCAUUUUAGAUAUGCACUGCGAUGAUGAGGAAGAGGAAUGAUGACAUUGCUCUCCAGCUCUACCCAUCAUUUUAUGUAUUUAUUAUUAGUGAUGAUCGUUUUGUUUCUCACAAUGUUUAAAGAGGAAAAAUGUUUGAAGAAGAAAAAAAUGAGUGACCAAUAAUUAUGUUGUAAAGAUGAAUAUAUACAUUUUGGGGGUUAUGUAUGAGAACGCUCUUUGCUGCUUUUGAUCCUGGGGUGUCAUAUGAUAGUAUGACCACAGGGUGGUGCAUGACUGCGUAGCCCCAGAGGAAUUUGAAUGGGCAUUGGACAAUAGUCUGAAGUGGUUUCCUCUCCUUGUCUUCUUUCCUUCAUCUGCACUGAUAUGAAAGGAGUGGAGUCAAGUGAAAAACAGCCAUAGCCGUAUUGCUUUCACCUAUCCUGUUGUGUUGUUGUGUUGGGAGAGGGAUCUAUUUUAGACUAUUGAGAACCGUACAGUACAGAGAAUAGGCCUAGCUAGUAAACACAUCCUAAUUUCAGUGUCAUCUUUAGUACUGCUAUCUUAUUCCUGUGACACUGAAUAUAGAGACAUACUGUUGUGUGAGUGUCACAGACUCUCUGAGGUUAUCAGUUUACUGUGUUUGGUCAUGUCCAGAAACAACUCCCUAGCUCCUAGGAACUUGUGUAGAACUUACACACUAAGGGGUAAGAGGCUAGGAGUUGUUUCUGGACAGGGCCCAUAUGUCACAAACCAAUGGGAGGUAUUGUAAUGUCUGAGGGACAGGGUGUUGGUCAGAUCUUUAACCAGACGGAGGCACUGUUUCUCAGCAAAAUCAUCAUGGCUACUGCCUACCAUGGCCCCAUGAAGCUCAGUUGGUAGAGCAUGACGUUUGCAACGCCAGAGUUGUGGGUUUGUUUCCCACGGGGGGCCAGUAUGAAAAAUGUAUGCACUCACUAACUGUAAGUCGCUCUGGAUAAGAGCGUCUGCUAAAUGACUAAAAUGUAAAUGUAUUGAGAUGCACCCCCUGUCUCCCCCCAGAUGUGUUUCCAUUCCCACUUUAAAUCAUAUUUUUUUAAAGUAUUAAUUAUUCCUUAUUUUAUUCUGCAUUGACUGUGUCACAGCUAUGCGUUGCGUUUGUUUGUUAUUUUCUGUGUGUGAAAUCAAAGCUUUAAUGUAUCAGAAUUCUGGAAGUGAGUGAAGGGGCUCCACAAGUUUUUCUGCCUGUUAGACUGUUGACCAGCACCCAGACCUAUGACAGCACCUGACCAAUGGAGUGUGCCAAACUUCAGCCCCUCUACACAGUCUGCUGUGCUGAGGCCCUCUCUGUUUCAUACCUGUCUUGCAUUGGUUGUGUAAAGACACACACACACACACACAAUGUGACACACACACAGACGAAAGUCGAAGGAGCGUCUAUGGCAAUAUCAGAGUGUAUUGUUUGGAUAGCUACAAUACAACCGCUUAAGAUAUAGGUUUAGUCCUACAUUCCUCUAGAACUAGAUUCCAUUCCAAUAUGUCUCUUGUCUAUAUGUCCCCAGUCUCUUCUCACAGCUCUGCAGAGCUCCCUGAGUCUGGCGAGCGAGACUACUCUGUCCCCAGCAGAAUAG